UGAUCCGACGCGCUCUGCCCGUGUUUAAAUGUUAUGAUUGUGCACUCUUCGGACACAACACGUCCUCGCUAUUCCCCCGAAUUUUCCCAGCAUCAUUCCAUCCAGGAAAUCCGUGUCAUUUGUACGACUCCCAACAUCUUUCGCCUCGGAUAUCAAUUAUUCACGGUAGCCGCCCGUGCGACAACUUUCUUAACGAUCAUUAUUCCGCGCUGUGGGCCGCUGUUGUUGAUGUUGUGCAGAUCCGCGAAAAUGUCACUCGGUGAAAGCUGAAAAGGUGCGCGUUGCGCUGCUCGAUGCGAGAGCACUUUGCUGAGGAUGUGUCGCGAUGCGCGCGCGGGGCUUAUAUUGAUUUGUUGGCCCGGGAUUAGAUUAAUACGCGAAUAAUUGACUCGGUACCCGUGUUGUGCUCAUGGCCAACUUGUUCGGCCGUUCUGAGUUAAUAAAUCGCUGUGGAGAAGCUGGGAUUGUUGUUUUGUGAGGUGAAUUCCGUGGGAAUCGCGACGCGUCUCCCAUGGCCAAUAAACGCGAAUCGGUUAAGGUGAUCGUGCGCUGCCGUCCGCUGAGCGAUAAGGAGAUCGCCGCUGGAUUUGCUCAAGUCGUGGAUGUGGAUUCGAAAUCCCGCACCAUCCGUCUCCGUCCCGAGAAAGACACAGCCGGCGAGAAAGACUUCACCUUUGACGCCACUUACAGUCAGACAUCGUCACAGGAGGACAUUUACCGGGAAUCUGUGCUGCCGCUGGUGGAUGCUGUUCUUCAAGGCUUCAACGGGACUAUCUUCGCUUACGGCCAAACCGGAACCGGCAAGACCUUCACCAUGCAAGGCAGUAAACAGCAGCCGGGAAUAAUUCCUCGCGCCAUGGAGGGCAUUUUCCAGUAUAUCGAUCGCUCCACCAAUGAACAUUAUCUGGUUACCGCGUCGUAUUUGGAGAUUUAUCAGGAAGAUAUACGAGAUCUGCUGGCCACGAAAGAUAAGGACAGUGGGGAUCGUAGAAUCGAAAUCAAGGAGAAGCCCAGUGGCGAUAUUUAUAUUAAGAAUUUGUCAACUUACCAACUGAAAAGUCUCCGGCAUAUGGAGAAGAUGAUGGAGCGCGGGCAAGCCAAUCGAGCUGUUGGAUCUACGGACAUGAAUGAGCAGAGUUCACGGUCGCAUGCCAUCUUCAUCGUCAACAUUGAAUGCGGCGUGGUGGGCGUGGACGGGAAGGAGCACAUUCGGGUGGGCAAAUUGAAUUUAGUGGAUUUGGCCGGGAGUGAGAAACAGUCCAAGACGAAUUCUACGGGCGAUCGCUUCAAGGAGGCCACGCAAAUCAAUUUAUCCCUGUCCACACUGGGAAAGGUCAUCACCGCCCUGGUGGACAAGUCAUCGCAUGUGCCGUAUCGCGAUUCAAAAUUAACCCGGUUGUUGCAAGACUCACUGGGCGGCAAUUCCAAAACGAUCAUGGUGGCUAAUAUUGGGCCGGCCGCGUAUAAUCUAGACGAAACCAUCUCCACGUUGCGAUAUGCACAUCGUGCGAAAAAUAUCAAGAAUGCUCCGCAUAUCAAUGAGGAUCCGAAGGAUGCGAAAAUGCGCGAAUACCUGGAUGAAUUAGCAGCACUAAAAGCGAAACUGGCUUCACGCUCCCCAAUGGGACCGCAACCCACAAAGCUAAAAGAAAAUAUGGAAGACGAAGACUUAGACAGCGAACUAUACGCACAAGAACAAGCGAAAAUCGCUCAAGAACGCGCCAGUAUGCUGCAGAAUGCCGGCUUAAACGAUGAGGUAAUAAUGAGAAGAAAAAAAUUAACCAGCGAAAUGAAUGUGAAAGAGGAGAGCCUGCGGAAACGCGAAGCAGAACGGCAGGAUCUCAAGAGCAAAAUCGAUGCCAUUGAGCAGCGGAUGCUGCGCGGCACGGGGAAUGUCCACGAGCGAAUGUCCCUGCAAUCUGAAAGCCUACAUAAAACGCGUGCCGAACUGGACGAGCAGAAGAAACGGGAGGAGGCCAUUUUGGAGGCAUUGCAGCGAGAGCAGGAAGACGCACGGGAAGCGAAUGCAACUGUCAAUAUUGUCCAGUCUGAUAUCGACAGCAUCCAACUGCGAAUCAAUAAACUGCAACAGCAUGUGGCUGUUUUACAAACGGAUCUGCAAGCCGAGGAGGAUAUUGCUCAGCAUUUCAACGAGGAUACCGGCGAUCAGCUGGAAGUUCUGCGCCAGAAAGAGGCACUGAUGUGGACGAUGGUUACGCAUUUCAUUGGACCAAGCAGCUGGGAGCCGCUUCUGGAAAAGGCUAUCUAUAAUGAAAAGCGUCAAGACUGGGAAUUACCUAGUGAAGUUUCGGAUAUCACGCGACCACCGUUAUUCGUCGACAUUCCUGCAUACCGGCAAGAGGAAGUGCGAGAGAUUUAUGGAUUAUUAUUGCCGGAUAAUUUGCUGGAUGUGGAGCUGGAUACGAGCGAAAGUCUCCAGUUUAGCGAAGGCAUGCGCGAACUGGACGGUGAAGAUGCCGUUGUAGCGGAUUUAUUAGCGGACGCAUUGGACAAUGCGGCAAUGGAAGAUGACUUGGUUAUCGACGCCGACGUGUUUACUAUCGAGCGGCCGGUAUCUCGGACGUCAUCAAAAUUUCUGGAUUAUGAAAAAGAAAACAAUUACAAUCGGCGUGGCACUCCCACAAAAACAGCCAGGGAUUCGCCGGAUUUGACCUUUCCGACUUCGCGUGGAUGGAUCAAAUAAAUCGCAGUGUAUAUAUGAUGGUUUCUACGUUUGCCGCCCGACUUUUUUUUAAUUUGCCUUUCUCAAGGUGAUCUCUUCAAAUCCUUUGUGAACAAUAUUUAAGUUUUGCUUUUGGAAUAUUGCUGUUUUGCCGUGCAUUUUGUGAGCGAUCUCGAGUACUGAAAUUUCGUACCGAUUUUACGAUUAACAAAAUUCCGUGGUUUUGAAAAACGUGCAAAUAAGAAAAGCAAUUCUGGUGAAUAUCCAUGAAAAUUGCAGUUCUGGAAAGCGGUGUGCAAUUUUUGGACCUUAAAGAAAUUAAAUUGUGU